CAUGCAUUCUUCAUUCUUCUGCGUCUCACUGCUCGUCUGUGGCUCGUCCAGAGUGUAGACAGAGGAGGAUUUCAUUUUAGCCAUCGUUUCCAUUUUCAUCAAAGUAAUGGGUGGAUCAAUUUUGAAUCAGCUUGUGGUGGCAGUAGUGGUUCUGUCCAUGGUGGUAUUGGGGGAGGAGGAAAAGAAGGAGGAACGACUGGGUCUUCUCGCAUCGACUUUAGGAGUUCAGCCGGUGCCAGGCUACGUUCCUGAGCAUGGAGCAGGUCAAGGUCAACUCAUCAGUGGUGGCAACACGGAUCACAACGGUGGCAAUCAUCAAGGGGGAGGAGGCAACUAUGAGACGGAGAAUAUUCCCGUGAUUGGUGGUGGUGGUGGCGGCCCCUAUUCUGGAGCAGGGAGCGGGUUCCAAGGAGGGGGUGGUGGUGGAGGGCCAUGCCAAUGCGUCCCUGUCGAACACUGCGCGAAUCAAGGAGGUGGUGGGGGUGGUUAUCCGGGGGAGAAGGAACCCAUAAUUGAGAAUCCACACCCUCCACCUCCUCCAGACUCCGGCUACGGAGGGGGCGAGGAACAAAUUGGCACGAAUCCACCAAAAGAUGGUGCAGGAGUUAUUGACAUUCGAAUUGUGAACAGGCCCCCAGGCGGUCAAGGCGGGGUACAAUGCAGCCCAGGCCAAGUGUUCUGCUGCGGAAAACAGAACACAGGCGGUGGCAACGGUGGAGGCAAUCAUUUCCCUGGAGGAGGAUAUGCCGUCUGUGGUAAAACAAGUGCGUUAGACGUACCUGGAUGGGUGCCCGAAUAUGGACAGGCAAAGUUUGGAUCUUAUCCUUGGAUGGCUGUAAUAUUGGGCAAAGGCAACAAUUAUAUUGGGGCAGGAGCUUUGCUGAAUGAAAACUAUGUGCUGACCGUUGCCCACAAAGUUCAAUCGUGGAAACCAGGUACCUACAUGAAAAUCCGCUUGGGUGAAUGGAACGCCAAAGAUGAUGACGAACCGUAUAAAAACGUUGAAAUUGAAGUAGCUGACAUCCAAUUUCAUCCACAAUUUAAUCCGGAAAAUUUGUACAAUGACGUUGCUCUAAUCAAACUCGCAAAGCCGAUCGAUGUCAAUGCUUUUCCACACAUCAAAGCUGCCUGCCUGCCCAAAGAUGCGUACGCCAACAAACCUGGGCAAAGAUGCUGGGUUGCUGGUUUUGGGAAAGACGCAUUUGGAAAUGGCAAACAUUCUUACAUUAUGAAGGAGGUAGAUUUGCCAAUUGUGGAAUCACAGACUUGUGAGAACCUUUUGAAGGCAACGCGUCUUGGGAAGUACUUUGAACUCAAUAAGCACAGUUUUCUCUGUGCUGGAGGUGAAGAAGGGAAGGAUGCCUGUACCGGGGAUGGUGGAUCUCCUUUAAUGUGCGAGAUUAACGGGACUUGGAAUGUUGUUGGGUUGGUGGCUUGGGGUAUUGGUUGUGCUGACUAUGCAGUGCCGGGGGCGUACGUAAACGUGCAAAACUUCCUUCCAUGGAUUGAAAAUAACAUUAACUACAAAUACUAAUAUUAUAAAACGUGGUGGUAUCUUUCUUAUGAAUAUUGUUCUGUGGUCUUGUAUUUUUAGAUACUAUUUUACUUUAAUUUUCUUUGCAUGGUAAAAUGUCCGAUAAUAUGUAAAUUUAUUUAUUUAUUUUUCACGAUUACCACUUAACGACCCUAGUAAAUGUCCAGUGAUACCUACCAACAAAUCAAUCAAUAAUACUCUUGCAAUUCUAAUUUUUCCUCUUAUUUCUAAAUAUAUUAAAAAUGAGUGUAAAAAUUCACGCUCGAAAACUCGAGAAAUAAAGUUAAUCACUUUUCUUCCAAUUUUCAUUAAA